AUUUAGCUCACAGAUGUAAUAUUAACAUAUGUAACACAUUUUUUGAAGGAAAAAUCAGUAGUGUACGUUGUUUUUUUUUUAACGUUUAUAUGCGUUUAACGCAUACCCAUAGAAGAAAUGGACGAAUACAAUCCAUAUGAUCAUCGCAGUAUCGCCAAUCCCACAACGAAUUUAGAAACUUACAUCCAUUUGAUCAAAGGAUGCCUCGGUACAGGAAUUUUGGCGAUGCCCGACGCUUUCAAAAAUGCAGGUCUUCUUAUGGGAACCAUAGGAACCAUUUUAAUGGGGUUCAUCUGCACAUAUGGGAUCCACGUUUUAAUCAGAUGUCAAUACAUAUUGUGCCAGAGGAUGGAAAUCCCACUAUUGACCUUUCCUCAAGCGAUGAAAAUAGCGUUGGAACAGGGACCAUUAUGUUUAAGAUGGCUGGCUCCCGUUGCAUCGCUGUUGGUUGACUUCUUUAUAGUCAUGUACCAAUUCGGGAUCUGUUGUGUUUACAUAGUUUUUGUGUCUAAUAGCAUCAAAGAGCUUUCAGAUCAUUACUGGAUUAAAAUCGACGUGAGAAUUAUAAUGGUUGUCGUCACAUUACCAUUCAUACUGAUAACAUUUAUAAAGAAUCUUAAGGUGCUUUCCCCUGUCUCGACGUUAGCGAACGUGAUUACUUUCCUCGGGCUCGGUUUCAUUAUUUACUAUAUAUUUUGGCCAGAUCUUCCAAAAAUCAACUCUGUCCCGCUGUUCGGAAAUCCGAAAAACUUGGCACUUUUCUUCGGCACAAUUUUAUUUUCUCUCGAGGCCAUUGGGAUGGUUGUUGCACUAGAGAAUAAUAUGGAAACACCAGAAGCAUUUUUGGGUUAUUUCGGUGUUCUCAAUCAAGGGAUGGGCACGGUGACUUUUCUUUAUCUACUAUUCGGCUUCAUUGGUUACAUCAAAUACGGUAGUGCUAUUAAAGGGAGCAUUUCGCUUAAUCUACCACACAACGAUUAUUUGGCUCAGGGAGUGAUCAUAGCAUUUGCUAUAGCGAUUUUCUUAUCUUUCUCUCUUCAGUACUACGUAAUGUUUGAAAUUGUCUGGAAUACAUGGAUAAAACAUUUGUUCGACGAUUCGAAACACACUCUGUAUAACUACAUAACGAGGAUAAUUUUUGUAAUCCUUGCUUUACUGGCAGGAUUGGCUGUACCUCUCUUGGGCUUGUUUAUAUCUCUUUUCGGUGCCCUUUGUCUACCAAUUUUAGGUUUUUCUUUUCCAGGAUUGUUGGAAUUCGCUGUCAUGUGGAGUGAAGAGGGCAACCAUAUUCUGACUCUAAUUAAAGACAUUGCUCUAAUAAUCUUCGGUGUACUGAGCACUGUGGCAGCCGUUACCAUAACUUCUAUAGAGAUAUAUGCUGAAAUGAAUCAACCUGUUCCAGCAACCAGUUAAAUUAAUUUUGUCUUUUUGUAUUAAUUAUAAAGUUAUAGAGUAAUAUA